AAAUUGAGCAAACAAACUAGAACAGAACACUCCCACUUGGUGGUCACGCAUUCCAUCUUUUGUGUACCAUCCCAUACGCAGUUGUGGUCACGUCUUCAUCAUCACUAUCAAUCCCAUAAACCUUCUUUAUUGCAUCAUUGCAGAAAACAGCUAUUAGUCCAGACGACUAAAAAGGGACAUCUUGACAUUUAAGCUCGACCCCAAUCCAGCAAUCAUGUCAGCAGCCAUCACUCUUACCCUCCCCGGAGAUUACGGCUACGUCCUCCUGGCCGCCGCCUCGUCCUUUUUCCUCCAGACGUACCACAUGGUGCUGUCGGCCAAGGCCCGCAAGGAAUCAGGAUUGAUGUACCCCAUCGCCUACGCCGAAUCCCAAGUCGCGGCCAAAGACCCCAAGGCGUACGCCUUCAACUGCGCCCAGCGCGCUCAGACCAACUUUACUGAGAACCUCACACCUUUCCUCGGUGCCCUGCUCAUCGCCGGCCUGAAGUACCCCAUCCCGAGCGCCGGCCUCGGAGCCGGCUGGGUUUUUUCCCGCUUCAUCUACGCCAGCGGCUACACUACUUUCGGCCCCAAGGGUCGUGGAGUCGGCUUCAUCGGCUCCGCCUUGGCUGACUUGUCCCUGAAGUUCAUGGCACUCUACGCUGCUUACAGCGUGUCUUUUGGCCAGUAAUUUCUCUGUUGCUACGAGUAACAGAAGGCCCAUUUCUGUUGUUGUGCUUUAGGUGGAAAUUGUACCAUCGUAACUCGCAUUCAAUGUGUGGAGUAAUCCUAGACAAAACAGACAAUCGAAUGAUUGAGUCAAUCACGAGUAUACCAUGAUUUGGAAUUACACAGUUGUUACAAUGUACGCUCGUUGUUCAGCCCGUGUUUCUCUCCGUUGGUGGCCGCCAUUCCAAUUUCAGGCCCUCAAAAACC